AUGAAAUUCUUGGCCCCAAUUCUACUUGCUGCUGUCUUGGCUCACACUGCCAACCCAUCCAAGGAUUCCUCGCCCACCACCUCGAAAGUUUAUUCCGAUAAAGAUUGCAAGGAUGAAAUUGAUUUUAUUAAAAUUGAGAUAGAGGUUAACUUGGGUCAUACAAAUACAUGCUAUGAACUUACCAAAAAUACUGAUAAAUAUCUUGAUCUUGUAACUUUCACCCACUCAAACUUAGAAGCAUUCAAGGACUCUGAUUGUAAGGACAAGGAUGGUAGAGGUAACAAAAUCCCCGAUUAUAAAGAGUGCUGGGAGAUUCCCGAAGGACUUCAUUUCAAAUGGUUUUUUAUCACCUCUGAUAUCAACAACCCACUUUGCUGUGCUUAG